AUGCAAGAUGCACUGUGGGAGGUGGCUCCUGAAGCCAGUGUAGUCGCAUCAGCUGGCGUGGUUGGAGGUUCAUUGCUCAAAGUACUCGAUUCCUUUGGUGCCGUGGCCACAGGCAUAUCCGGUGCUGCAGUUGGUGCCGUGUCUGCCACAGCUGGUGCUUUGGCAGCCAAGGCCCUGACCGAACGCAAUGAGCGUGCAGCCAUUGAAAAGCGUUUGUUCGAGGUAAAACGACAUGCCCCGCAAAGCAGUCCUUUGUCCUUGGAGCCUUUGGUGGCUGUCCGGCAAAUGUUUGAAGCCAUCGACUGGUGUCUGGCCAACGAGGAGAGGCAUUGGACACGCCAAGGUCCGGCAUCACUGGCUUUCAGUUGCUUCUCAGGAGAGGGGACACGCGGCGGUCCUUCGAAGAAUGCAAGCACAUCCGCAGACAAGGAUUAUCGCAAGCAUUUGAAGAAGGUGCGCGGAUUGUGUUCUCCCACGCCACUGCGUGGCCAAGCUCGCGGAAGGUCGCAGCAGAACAAGAAAGAUGGAGCUAAAGGCAUCGCAAGUGAAGCCGGGAUAAUUUCAGGAUUAACCGUGCCAGGAAGCAGCCAAGCUUAUGAGCGUCUCUUCAACCCACAGUGGGGGACCGUUCGAAGCAAGCAAGGGGUUUGCGCCGCCUUGGCAUACCUGGUCAGCCAGUUUCUCGAGUUAAGGCAUUGUCCGAAAGGAAAUCUGCUUGAUGGUGAGAGGAGCUCGCUCAGACUGGCCGUGACAUCUUUGGCGCGACAUCACAUAUUCGACGAAGAAGACAAGGCAGCGCACGUGUUGAAAGUCACGCGCCUCCUUCUUCCGAGUGGAACUGCUGCAGAGCCGGACGAGAUUGAGGAAGCAGAGGAGAAGCGGUGGAAGACCCAGCCUGACCAGGAACAGGAGUUCCGUGCCGCAGCCGUGGCCUUGGUUUGCCUUUUGGACGCAGCAUUGGCCUGGCGGCCGUCUGAUCCGCUAGGAUGGAUGGGCCAGGCAGAGGAUGCAGAGGGUGCAGUUCUGGCCCGCGAGAAAGGCGUCUGUUCCUUUCCGAUCUUUGCCAGCAAGGUCCGCAGAUGUCUCAAGAAGGCGAGCGCCGGUUGCUCGAUUACCUGGCGUCGGUUGGAGGUGCAUCUGGAUGCCGUAAGGACCAGAGCUCUUCCAGAACCUUGGCCUUGGAUUUGGGUUCUGAAUGAGGAGGCGUCCAUGCUUGUGCGGAACCGGACAAAAGUGCCACUCCGCGUGGAGCUUCAUCAACCGAAGGGCGCGCAGCUCUCACCGUUGGCAGAUUUGCCACUUUUGAAGCCAGUCCUGCAUUGGCUUCGUGGCAAAGCAGCACCAAUUCUAGCAGCUGACGUCAAGCCUGGAAUCGAGUGGGCCCUGCGGCCGAAGGUGAAGGAAGGGCGUGACUUCAGAGUCAAGUUGCUAACAGCUGCCGGUGUGCUUGUUUGUACACGGCCUCUGCGCCGUGGGCAAUCUUUUGAUUUUCACGUGCCUGUACCACCGCCUCCUGCACAACUGCGAGUGUCUGCUCUCGCAUCGAAGCGGGACAGCAUGGAAGCUGGCCCAGUCUGCCGGAUCAAGGUCAUGGACGAGGCGGCCAAGGCCUUCGGUGUUAAGGAACACGAUGAAGAUCACGAUGGUUCCAUAUGCUCAACGACAGCUCCAUCAUUUUCCUCGGGACGUUUCAGCCUUGCCAGCACCUCAGCGUCCAGCACUUGGCCUCCCAGCGCAGGCGGCUUGGAAUGUCUUGGCAUGUGCUUGGCUAGCGGCUAA